AUGAUGCCCCAAUCGGACAGAUUGACCAAGUACCUCCCUCCAGAACUCAUUCUGGACAUCUUUUCAAGAGUCCUCCAGCCCGAACAACGCGCCAAAUGGACUAGCUACUCUCCGCCCAAAACCACCUUAACUCCAUUUUUCCUGGGGAAGAUUUGCCGGGCUUGGAGAUACCUGACAUGGGCGUCACCAGACCUCUGGUCAAAUCUCACCCUCUCCCUUCACCCCGACCACUAUCCAACUCAAGUGGCACUUCUUCGCCAAUGGCUACACCGUUGUGGGAACCAGCCGUUGGUAAUCACUCUUUGUGGCCUAGGAGGGGAGGAAGAUCAAUAUUGGGAGGCUCACCCACCCCGAGAGAUCUUCCGACAACUUGCCUCAGUUGCAACAAGGUGGAAGCACGUCGACAUCUUCCUCCCCUACCCCUGCUACACGGAUCUCAGCCUAGUCCGCAACCGCCUCUCCCAACUCCAAUCCUUGAUCAUCCGCCCACCCGACGGCGUCGACGUCAUGUUCAACCACAAACUCGACUUCUUCCAGAACGCGCCCUCCCUGACUAACCUUUCGAUCUUCGGGCUGUACUACUCUGGUUGCACCAUGCUUCCGUGGAACCAGCUAUCCACACUCUCGGGACAGGACUUUUGCGUCGACGAUUGCUACACCAUGCUGCGGAACGCCCCCAACCUCGUUCAAUGUCGCUUCAACUCGGUCCACCAACCCUCGGAUUUCGCCUACCCCUCCCGCACACCCAUCCGCCUCCCUCGCCUACAAACGCUUGAACUCAGCUCCAUCGGGAACAUGGUCGCUACAGCCUUCCUAUAUUCCCUCGAAGUACCCGUAUUGAAAUCCCUAAAGCUGUCACUGGGAUUCAGCUUCGACGACAGAGAAUCUUUCUCACUUUCCUCUUUGACCUCGUUGAUCGGUCGCUCAGGGUGUUCCACCGCACUCCAACGACUAUCGGUCACCAACAUCCGACUCAUCGAGCAAGAGCUCAUCGACUGCAUUGCUUGCACUCCCUUCCUCACCCAUCUCCGUUUGCACGUCGAAUAUCCUAAGACAUUCCCGGGAAUGUUUAUCUCGGACACCUUCUUGGCUGCCCUUUGCCCUCCUUCAAUGCGCGAACCAGGGGUCGCCGCAAUUCUCCCAUUCGAUCGACCGCUUCUACUCAAGCUUAAGGCUUUGGAGUACAGUGGCCCUGUAAACAUCACCGGGAGGGCCCUCCAGAUCAUGCUUGAGUUUCGAUGGCCCCCGGGCCAGCAACAUCCUCCUCGACAACAUUCACCCCGUUCCUCCUUUUCGGGAGACCAGUCCAAUAUCAAAGACUCCCCGACCAACGCGAGACCAGCCUCCACAGUGGACCGCCUCCGACACGUCCUCAUCGAAUCCACGAUCCCCGUCUACCUCGCCCAGGAGGUCCAAGCCUCUCUCCGAGCCUUGGUCAGCAAAGGCAUGGAUCUGAUCCUAACCAACGGGUACACCUCCUGGAUCCACGACAACUGGCUCCCAAUCCACGACAGCGUCGAGUCUCCUCAAAUGGGUUCAGACCGAGAUCAUGGACAUUGGGACCCAGGCCGCCUCUCUUCAACUUCAACUUCAUCCUCCCUUUCAGCGUCGACGUCGAACCAAUCGUUAACGAUGACUGCCCUUCCGAAAAUACUUCUGACACGGAGGUCUGAGAUACCAGGCUUACCACCGCCUCGAAAGCCUCUAAUGAAUCCCCCAACCAAGCCUUCCCCCUUGUAA